CACAGACCUUUCGACCGCCCCCUUAUCGGUAUUAAAUAUUUUACUUUCACUCUCUUCGACUCUCUGUUUGUUUUAUGGGAAAAUCACUUCGACUACAAGCCUACAACAAUUGACCAAAAUUAUCACCCCGGCCAGACUCCAAACGCCGAAACGCGUGAAAUCCAUAUCACGGAUCCGGGCAUCGUUCCCAGAAACAGGGAAACCUGGGUUUGUUCGAGUCGACUCAGAGCGAGUAAAAGAGCAAAAGUUGAUGGAGAGCUCAGAGGGGCAGCAGAGUCAAAUUCGGAUGCCGCUGGCCCAGGUCGUCUCGGACUGUGCGAAGCGAUGGUUCCAGGACGCGCUCAAGGAGGCCAAGGCCGGUGAUAGCGCUAUGCAGGUCCUCGUCGGCCAGAUGUACUACAGUGGCUAUGGUGUCUCCAGAGACCCUCGAAAGGGACACACUUGGAUUAAUAGAGCUUCAAAAAGUCGGGUUUUAGUUUGGAACGUAAGCGAUAAACAUCCAGGUUACAAUGCAAGUGACUCAGAUUCAGGUGGAUUGAAGGGAGAUGAAAAAUAAGUCAAAGGUGAUUGAUUUUCUGUGAAGGUGCCAGUGGAAACUGAAAACAUCUACAAGUGAAAGAUACAGUCAUUGGAAAAGUUUAGUGAGGAGAAUAACACAAUAUCUGCAUGAACUGCUGGACGUGGUAGACUUAAUUUGUUCGCCUUUUUUGACAGUCAAGCGUCUCCCUUUCAUGAGCCAGCUGAUUUAAGAAUGGUCAUUUUUCUCUGUUCAUCUCACCUCUUUAAUUGCCCUCGUUAUUUGCACACUCAUGCAUCACCAACAGAGAGGUGAUUUUGUUAGACAAGGGUUGCUCUGAGCCACUAAAAUUCAAUUUUCUAUGCGUUAUCAAGCAUAUCAUUUGUUUCUAUUCCUGUUGAGUCUCCUGCAUGGUUCUUGAACUAACCAUGUAAUGUGAAUGUUAUAUGGGCUCGUCUU